CUUGAAAAAGCAUUUUCUUCUAACUCAGUCUUGCUUUUCUUGUUCUUCACUCUUCACUUAACAUGGAAGCAAGCUGGUUGGUCAUCCUGCUUAGGACAGGGGUCCAGAUCUUGGCCUUCCCUAUAUACUUGCUGUGGUAUCUGGGCUUGUGGGACCCCUUCUGCAAGAAGGCAUUCCCACACCUCAUGGCCCGGAUAGCUGUUUUUUAUAAUAAGAUGAUGUUUGCCAAGAAAAAGGAACUUUUUAGCAACCUGAAGGACUUUGCAGGUCCCUCAGGGGUGCUCACGCUAUUGGAGAUCGGUGCAGGAAGUGGAUCUAACUUUGAAUUCUACCCAGCAAGGUGCCAACUCAUCUGCAACGAUAACAAUGACAACUUCAGCAAAUUUCUUGUCAAGACUCUGUCUCAGCAUCCGCAUCUGCAGCUGGAGCGUCACGUGAUAGCACCAGCUGAAGACAUGCCGCAAAUACCAAAUUCAUCUGUUGAUGUUGUGGUUUGCACCUUAGUGCUGUGCAGUGUUGAGAGCACAGAAAGAGUCUUAAAGGAAGCUCUACGAGUGCUACGACCAGGUGGUGCUUUUUACUUCAUGGAACACGUUGCUGCUGCUCCUUUCAGCUGGGAUCUCUUCUGGCAGCAAAUCUAUGAUCCUGUUUGGCAGAUAUUGUUUGAUGGUUGCCACCUGGCUAGAGAGACCUGGAGAGACCUGGAAAAAGCUGGAUUCUCAGAACUGAAGCUAUGGCAUACACGUGCACCUUUAAAAUGGCAUCCCACGCAGCCUCAUAUCAUAGGCUAUGCUGUAAAGUAACUAAAUAAUAAAGACAAUUGUGCAGGAUUUUAUAAA